GAGGGAGCGGAGGGAGGGAGGGAGGGGGGGGAGGAGGGGCGGGGGACCCUGAGGCGCCGCUGUCACCGCCGCCGCCGCCGCCUCCUGCCCGCCCGGCCAGGCCCGGCCCGGCCCCGGCCCGCGCAGCCUCCUCCGCCCGCGGCGGGACCAUGUCGGCCACGGACGAGCGGGCCAAGGAGAUCCUGCGGGGCUUCAAGCUAAACUGGAUGAAUCUUCGAGAUGCAGAAACGGGGAAAAUCCUCUGGCAAGGAACAGAAGAUCUGUCUGUACCUGGAGUGGAGCAUGAAGCUCGAGUUCCUAAAAAAAUCCUGAAAUGCAAAGCAGUGUCUCGGGAGUUAAACUUUUCCUCAGCAGAACAAAUGGAAAAAUUCCGACUGGAACAGAAAGUUUAUUUCAAAGGGCAGUGUCUAGAAGAAUGGUUCUUUGAAUUUGGUUUUGUGAUUCCUAACUCCACAAACACUUGGCAGUCCUUGAUAGAGGCAGCACCUGAAUCACAGAUGAUGCCAGCUAACGUUUUAACCGGUAAUGUUAUUAUAGAAACCAAAUUCUAUGACGACGACCUUCUCGUAAGCACUUCCAGAGUGAGACUUUUCUACGUUUGAGAUGGGGCUUUUUGGAGCUGUUUUAGUUUUCCUCCAUACAGUUCUUGGUGCAGAACCUCCUGACUAUCCAGUGGAAGACACUCCUGUAGGCAGUGACCCUGGGGACCAGCUCAACGUGGGUUGUGACCUUUGCCCAUCGUUAUUUUGCUUUCUUCUCUGACAAGACCAGACCAAACCCUCAGAGACGGGACCAUCUGCUCAGCGGUGCAGUGGGGAAUAGAGGCUGUCUCUGAAAAUGGGCAAACGAUGGUCAUGCAGAACCAAUACUGUAAAUUAUGUUAGUUUUAUCCUUUGUACUUCUCUGGAUCCUGGUAUAACCUCCCAUUUCUACUCACACCCUACUCUCAACGCGUUUCGUUCUGGGGGGGGGGUUAAGUUAUCCUUUUCAUUUUCUCAUGUUGUAGGUUUUUAUCCUUUCACUGGAUUUCUGUGUAACUGGUCCACACUUCCUCUUAUCCCAACCUUGUAAAAUAGACUGUGAUAUCACCUAAUGUAAUUAAAACAAAUUUCUCAAUUAAAACAUUCCUACCGUCCAAAGAAGGGAAGAAA